AUGAAGCGAAGUGCAGCACCGACCAGUCGUGUGAAUCAGCCAUACAAACGACCGUCAAUAUUGACCGAUCAGAAUCAACAAACCCAAUCACAGUCGCCUAAAUCGUCUCACAUUCGAAAACCUGUGGAAAUGUCACGCUCGCAGGAUGAGGGGUCUGUACUGGAACAUGAUGACAUUGUACCAUGUGGACUAAAGGCAGAUGAAAGGGAACCAACUCAAGUGGUACAAUUUAAGCCUAGUAGUACUGAUUUUAAGGCCGACGGUGGAAAGCUUGGGCCUAGUGUUACUAAUAUUGGACCUAGUAGUACUAACUUUGAUAGGGAUUUGAAGUCAGGUGCUAGUUUUAACGCUGUUAAUCACAAUUUUGGACCUAGCAGUACUAAUGUUAGGUCUACUGGUACUAAUUUUAGGCCUGCGGGUCUAGACUUUAAGCCUAGUGGCUCUGUGAGGCUUGAUGGUGAUGAAGAUAGGUCUUAUCAUGGUCAGUAUAAGCCUAAAGUUAAUCAGGAUGAUCAAUUUGAGCCUGCUACUACGCAGCAUAAGCCGACCAGUUCGAAACUCAAACCUAACACCGCCCAUUAUAAGGUUACGACGUCUCAACUUAAGCCUAACACAUCUCAACUUAAGCCAACUACGUCUCAACUUGAGCCUAUCGCACCUCAACUCAACCAGAUCUCACAAUUUCAAACACAACCUCAAAAUACGAAAACAAGACGAUUUACUGUGGUAUACGCCAAACAUUCGACCAAAAAACACAAACAUUGGGAAGGAGACGGCAUUCUGGAGGUCAACGACAACAAAAUGUAUCUAAAAUCAGACAAACAUGGCCAUCCGACCAUAGGAACAGCGUCGGCCAAGGAUCUGCAUAUCAUGCCAAACACCAGGCUUCAUGUCGGUUCAUACGAGCUGGAGGUACAGGAGGAAAUCAAGGAGAAACAGUGUGGUAGGUGGGAGGAGGGGGAUGAGUUUGGGUUUUUGGAGGAUGGGGUGGCGGGGAUGAUUUUGUACUUCAUGAGCGUGAGAGAAGGGGGAAGUGAUUCUUUUUAGUUAAGGCACGUUGAGAAAGAGGGAAAAACAUUUUUCUCAAAAAAAACUUGGGCGGGGUAAAAAAAUUUUAAUUUUUUUUUGGUGGUGGUGAAAGCUUUUUACUUUAAAAAACAUAUAGAAAUUCAUUUUUAGGUCACAAGAAAAAAUUUUUUAGGGCGGGGUAAAUUUUUUUGGGCGGAGGAGGUGAAAAAAAAUUUUUGUAUGGUGGAUUUAUAAAAAAAUUGAUGUGUGUUGCUGUCUAAAACGCCAUUUUCAGUCCAAUUCUUAAUUUUUUGCCCUCUAACUGACCUACAACAAUUGUUGUACACUUCAAUACUCGACCUGAUGACAUUGGGUACAGCACAAAUGAUCGACUUCCUCCUCAAACUCUGCAAUCACCCGGUAUUAUUGUUGGCUAGACUACAACAAUAUCUCGAGAGUGAGCAGAAAAACGUUGCUUUUGAGGUGCUGAACGAGGCUUUUCCGCCAACAUGCUCAACUGAUGAUAUUCAUGUCAUGGAUUGCAGUAAGUUGGCUUUUUUUUGAAUUUUUUGACUUUUUUAAAAAAUUUUUUGGUUUUUCGGCAACAUUUAAAAAAAAUUUAAUUGAUACGUUUUAUGAGGCAUAAAAUGAAGUAUUUAUUUUGAAGUUUUUACUAUUAUAUUACGUUUGGUAUAGGUGGUGUAGUUUGAAAAAAACUUUGGUCUCCAAGCGGAUUCGAACUUUUUUGGUUUUUUGGCCUUUUUCAAUUGAAUCUAACUUUGUCGUAAAUUAAUAUAUUAAAAUAUAGCUUACAUAUCUAGUUUUAGAUGUAUUUUUAAUAUAUAUCUUUUUAUGUUACACAAGAUUUAUAACGUCGGUCGCAUUAAAAAUGGCAGUUCAAAAAUUUUUUUGAAGUUUCAAAUUUUUUGGGUAUUGCCAUUUUUAAAUGAAUAUAACUCUCUCAUACGUUAUGAAAACUAUUUGAAAUUUUGGAAAUAUGUUUAAAUAUGUAUGCUAUGCUAGGUCUAAUAAUCAGAUUUUGGUAAUAUGCCAUUGUAUGUUGAAAAUGGCAAAAUACUCAACAUUGUUUUGGUUUUGAAGUGGUCAAACUCGACGAGAAAGCGUCGUUUCUCUUUAACGAACUGUUAUAUCAAACUAAGCUUGAUGUAUUAAGUACAUUUUUUGAUGUUUUAUAACAUGUAUUUAUUAGUUUUUAUUAAAAAUGCCAUUUUCUUAUUGAUAUACAUACUUUUAGAUAAACUAAAAACACUCUUCGAAAUGGUGGUAUCUUUUGACGAAAACGACGAAAAAUCAAUAAUAGUGGCUAAUUCAAAAUCAGUCCUUGAUUUGAUACAAGCCCUUUUCGAAGAAGCAUUGUUUGAAGUGUUAAGACUGGAUUCAGCAUCACCGUCGGAACGGAAAGAGCUGAUUCAGAAGUUUAAUCAACCGAAUCUCUUCGACCAUCCGAAUCAGGUACUGUUGACAUCGCAAAAGACAACAACAAUGGGGCUGGAUCUAAGUGGAGCGACCAGGUUGAUCAUGUACGACUCGGAUUGGACUAGGAAUGAUGAUAUUAUAGAGAGCUUGGCUUGGAGGCAUGGGCAGAGCGAAGAAUGCCGUGUUUAUAGGCUGAUUACUGCGGUAAGAUGGGUGGGGAGGUUACUGUAUGGUAGGAUAGAUCAGGAUUAGGGUUGAGGUAGGAAUAUGGUAGGUAGGGUUGUGAUAGUGUGGGGCUAGGAUGAAGCUAAUGUAGUGUAGGCUAGGAUCAGGAUUGGGAUAAGAGUAGGGCUUGGCUAGGUUGGGGCAACGUAAGGUAGGGUAGAUCAGGACAGGGUAGUGUAGAUUGUGGUAAAGAGGGGCAGAGUAGGAUUCUUCAAGGUUAUUGUUGGAGUUAAGAUCUUGAAUGAAGUGGUUUGUACCUACUAUAAUAUUAUAAUGUAAAUUUUUAGGGUACGAUUGAAGAAAAAAUGCUCCAAAGACAACAAACAUUACCUGUGAACGCUUUAAACGGCAAGAAUUUUUUAUUUUUUUAACUUUUACUUAUAUUUUCAUACUGUAAUUUUGUUAGGUUAUGGUAGGAUAGGUAGGGUAGUUCAUGUUAUGUUAGAUUAGGAUACGGUAAGAUAGGAUUGGUAGUGUAGGUUUGGGUUUAGAAGGGUAGGUUAGGGCAAGAUAUUAUGUAAAUAAUCAAAAAACGUUACAGUAACCUCACCAACCGAAUUCGACGAAGAAGAGCUGGACGAACUUCUGAAAUUCUCACCAGAUUCCAAAUCCGACACUCACACGAAACUCAAAUGUAGAUGUAAAGAAGAUGGUAAUGGUCAAAAUGAAAACGGCAGUGCAUCACCCGAGACACAAGCCUCAAACUCAAUGUUGAACCGGGCAAUGGGCGAAACACAAAUUAGAAGAAGUUUGGAGCCAAAAGGCCAAAUUGAAGAAGGGAAGGUAAGGAGUUUGUGACGCUUUUAAAAAAAUGGCAAGGACUUUCUUUACUAUAAGAAAAAUACCAAAAACUUUCAUUACAAUUUGAAAAAUGGUAAGAACUUUCUUUACAAAACCAAAAAUGGCAAGAACUUUUUUUACAAAGCAAAGAUUGGCAAUAACUUUUUUACAAGACAAAAAAUCUCGAAAAUUUUAGAAAUAUUUAUAUUUUUUAAUAGUUGAUCAAACCUUUCAGAACGAACUCCUAAACUGGCGUCAUUUCUCCAUCAAUGAAUCCACGACCCCUGCCAUUCAAUCCUUGACCGGCUUCUCGGAAACCACGCUCGACUCUGUGUCGUUUAUAAUGGUAAAAGAGCCAGAAUCAACCGAAAAGCAUGCUGAUAUCACUUUGUUUUAA